AUGGUAAAGACAGUGAUUUCUACGUCUGAAUUCCAGGCACAAGUGUCAGAUCUCCUACCCUGCAACAAAUGUAGAAAAUCGCAGCUAACUCAUGCUUUGAUCCAGAGCUUUUCGCUACUUGAUGGAUUCGAUAAGAUAAUUCGCUAUCCGAUCUGCUCGAAGAAAGAUAUCCUUCAAUUCCACACAGCUGCGUAUGCUGACGCAAUUCUGAAUGAGCGACUGAAUAGGGUUUUGCCAUCAGCUGAGGACGAAUCAGAAUGGUCUCAGCUUCCGGACUUGGCCAGCUGCUGGAAUGGCAGAGAAACCAACCGAAGUGCCUGGUUCGAAUCAAGGUUGAAGUUGUAUUCCAAAUUCAAAGCUGCUGAAAAGACUGCAAUAGUGGUUUCAAGAAAACGGUCUGCUUGGGAUGCUUUGCUGGAAGACGAUAGUCAUGGUGAAGAUUAUGGAGAGGACAAGAAAAUUGAUCCAGAAGAUCUGAAAAAGUACAACCUGGAGGGCGACUGCCCGAUGUUCUCGUACCUACCGAUGUAUUGUCAAGUCGUUACAGGCGCCACUUUAGCUCUUGCAGACGAAGCUGUCAGAGGAGAGAAAUCGAUCAGCAUCAAUUGGGAUGGCGGCAGGCAUCAUGCCUUCAAGCAGAAAGCCAGUGGUUUCUGCUACGUAAAUGACAUUGUUCUACUCAUACAGAAGCUUAGAAGCCAAGGUUUCGAAAGUAUAAGUUACGUGGAUUUCGAUUUGCAUCAUGGCGACGGCGUGGAGAAAGCUUUUCAGUACUCCAAGCAUGUACAAACAAUCUCUUUGCAUAUGUUUGAGGCUGGCUUCUUUCCCGGUACGGGUUCUUUGCAGAACAACUCAAGAGGAAGUAAUGUGGUGAAUAUACCCCUUUUACAUGGGUUGGACGAUAUGCUCUUGGAUCAACUGGUUGGGAAGCUUGUCAAACCACUGCUGAAAAAGCAUAGACCUGAGGCCUUAAUAAUUCAGUGCGGCGGCGACGGUCUCAUGGGCGACGGAUUCAACGAAUGGCAGCUUUCUAUUCGGCAAUUAGCGAAAUGCAUUGUAAAUUUAGCAAGCUUAUUUGAGAAUGUUCCUGUGUUUCUGCUUGGCGGCGGAGGGUACAAUGAGACCUUAAUGAGUCGAUUCUACGCUUAUCUGACUUACAAGAUUUUGAGAAAGUUCAGCUUAAAGCAGAUCCCCAAUUUUGAUUUUGAUACUGACGCAUUGAUUCCAGACCAUGAGUUCGUGGAGGCUUACGCCCAUGAGGGUUACAAGUUUUGGGCAUACGAACAAGAAGGUGGCCUAAGAAAGAAGCAUUUGAAGAAUGACAAUAACCCAGAAUUACUAACGUUACUGCAAAAUCACUAUAACGUGAAACUUGACUCAGAUGACAACAUCUCAGAGAAUUCAUGA